GCACUUAACUAUUGUCAUGUUGAUUUGGCUGCUUUUUUUAAAUCUUCGUAAAAUGAUUAGAUGGUUAUAACCAGUGUUGAACUUGAAAUGCUGACUUUUAUUUUGACGUUUACGAACCGGAUGUGAAACACCAUGCAUUUGUGCCAACCUUCUGGUGUAAUGUUUAGCGAACAAUAUAACUUCAACCGGUUUGAAAUGACGGACGAAGAACACAGAGAUGUUCAGUUUUGGACGUGUGAUUGUUUCACUGAAGAUAAUAUUUUUCUAAAGGACUACAAGCUCCAUGUUAACUUUGUAUCCGAGGUGCAGUUCAGAUUGGACUAUGAAGCUAUACUCAGGAGGCUGGGCUGCGUUAAGGAGCAACAGUUUAAGGACGUGCUCAACGAGAUUUCACAGGAAGUGGACAGGCGAAGACAUCUGAGCGAGACGUCUGUGAGGAGAGCUGCUGCUAUAAAAGAUGAGUACCAGCCUCUCCAUCCUCAUGUCUACCACCUGCAGGAGUCCUACCUUGCACCAAAGUUCAAACAGAUUGUUGAGUACUGUCGCAGCGUGGACACGAGUAUAGAAGGUCUCCUAGACCUGGUAGUGGAGGAGGCAGCAACAAGAGUGUAUCGUUUCCCCGUGUUUGAAAAAGGCUUCUGUGAGGAGCUGCUGGAGGAGCUGGAGCACUUUGAGCAGUCUUCUUCCCCUAAAGGACGACCUAACACCAUGAAUCAAUACGGGAUCCUCCUUAAUGAGAUGGGCUUUGAUAAAGACUUCAUCACACCCUUCCGUGAGCACUACAUGAGUCCACUGACCUCCCUGCUGUACCCAGACUGUGGGGGGCGCUGUCUGGACAGCCACAAGGCCUUUGCUGUGAAGUAUGACCUGAAUGAAGACCUGGACCUGAGCUAUCACUAUGACAACGCGGAGGUCACGCUCAAUGUUUCCCUUGGAAAGGACUUCACUGAGGGAAACCUUUAUUUUGGGGAUAUGAGACAGGUGCCUUUGGGUGAGACGGAGUGUUCAGAGGUGAAACACGUGGUGACCGAGGGCCUCCUCCAUCGGGGCCAACACAUGCACGGAGCCCUCCCCAUCUCCUCUGGUCAGCGCUGGAACCUGAUCAUCUGGAUGAGAGCCUCGCAGGAACGCAACAAACUGUGCCCGAUGUGCAACAGGAGGCCGACUUUAGUGGAAGGGGACGGCUUUGCUGACGGGUUCACCAAACAAAAGAAGGAGGUCGUCCAGCCAGGCCAGGUCAUGCUGGGAAAAGAUCAUGUCCAGCAUCUUUCUGACAACCAUCAGUCCCAGAAUCUGAAGGAUUUACACACCAAGAUUCAGUGACAGGCAGGCGGACUUCUGUUCCUAUAACUUCAUGCACAGACUGGAUGUGCAUUAGUGUCGACCCUCUGCUCUGAGAGUGAUCAGAAUAUGCAGGAUGCUUUUAUCAAGUCGUGAUUUCAGGCCUUUAGUUUGACACUCUGUCACAUGAUCGGAUAUCAUCAUGUGUUGAAAUAGUUAAACAGUCGUCACACAUUCUCCUCCCACUACAGCAACAAAAGGAUUGAUCAUAAGCUUUUUGAAGAAGUUUUUUUCACAUACCAUAACAGGGAAGAUGAUGGCCAAGAAUGUGGAUUUGAGGACCCAGAGGAUAGCAAGACAUAUGAUCUGGACCAGUGUGAAGAGGUGUACUCUUCUCAGAGGAACAUGGCGCAGGUAAGAGAAGUCAGGCUGAUGCUUGGACGGCAUCAUGCACAAUUUAAUCCUGUCCCAGAACUGUGGAAGACGAUGGUGGGGGGACGACGUUGACGACAUAGAACAGAAAACAUGUUUGUUUUGUGUGUUUUGUGUUUUUUGUGGUUUUGUGUUUUUUGUUGUUUUUUGGUUUUCU